AUAGAAAACUCAAAGCGAGCGUCUGCCUCGCAAAUUGCAAUGGUUAGGGUUUAAGCUCCUGUCUUCGAGACAAAACUUUGCAAGAAUCCGGUAAGUUUCCAAUCUCUAAAGCCUCAUAUUUACAUUCCUAAAACUCUAAUUCUCUUCCAUCAAAUCAUCAAUGAUUCGCUGUAGGAAAGUGUCCCCUAGAAUUCUCCAUUCACUUACCAAAAACCCUAGUUCUAUCUGCGUAUCUUCAUUUGAUUCUUUCUAUUCAAAGAGCCCUAAUUUAUCCACAACUAAACCGGAUGGCUGUUUCAAAAGUUUCAGAUUUUUUAGCUCUGCAAUGGGUUUCUAUUUAACUCCCUGCGAACUUUCUGUGCCAAAAGACCCUAGCUUUGCCAGGAGCCCUGUUAUUAACGCUAAAUUUAGAAGAAAUUACAGCUCUGGGAGAAACGGUGAUGGUGGUGCUGGUGAGUGGACUGAGGAGAUAGAGUACUUAGAUGAAUCGGGGAGUGUUAUUUACAGUGGUAAAGGUAUACGAUCAGUUGAACCAGGACUUGAUGACCACGUGAUGGUGGGUGGGCUAAAGAAGCCAUUUUUGAAUGCCUCAGCCGUAGCCAAGAUUGUUGAGGUUGUGAAGAGGUGGAAAUGGGGACCAGAGUUAGAGACCCAACUGGACAAACUGCAAUUUGUACCAAAUAUGACUCACAUUAUUCAAGCUUUGAAGCUUACUAAGGAUAGCGACACAUCUUUGAGUUUGUUUCAAUGGGCUAAGAGGCAGUCGUGGUAUUCACCCAGUGAGGAUUGUUAUGUGAUGCUGUUUGAUGAGUUAAAUCGAAAUAGGGAUUUUGAUGGGAUCCAAUCAUUGUUUGAUGAAAUGGUCCGUGAUUCCACUAAUAAUGGUAUUUGCUCCUUUAGUGCAUACAACCAUGUAAUUCAGUAUUUGGCUAAAGCUGAGAAAUUGGAGGUGUCAUUUUAUUGUUUUAAGAAGAUUCAGGAUUCAGGUUGUAAAAUUGACACCCUGACAUAUAACUCUCUUAUUACACUCUUUUUGAAUAAGGGUUUGCCUUACAAGGCAUUUGAGAUAUAUGGAAGCAUGGAAGCGGUGGGAUGUUUGUUAGAUAUGUCAACCUAUGGGUUGAUGAUACCUAGCUUGGCAAAAUCGGGCCGUCUUGAUGCCGCUUUCAAGCUAUUCCAAGAGAUGAAAGAGAGGAACUUUCGACCGGACUUUAACAUCUUCUCAUCACUUGUUGAUUCAAUGGGGAAAGCAGGGAGAUUGGACACAUCAAUGAAGGUGUACAUGGAAAUGCAGGGUUAUGGGCUCAGGCCAUCUGCUACUAUGUAUGUUUCUUUGAUCGAGUCAUAUGCAAAGGCUGGGAAGUUAGAUACUGCUUUUAGGCUUUGGGAUGAGAUGAAGAAAGCAGGCUUCAGGCCUAACUUUGGGUUGUACACAAUGAUUGUUGAGUCGCAUGCCAAAUCAGGGAAGCUUGAUAUUGCAAUGUCUGCAUUUACAGAUAUGGAGAAGGCUGGAUUUUUACCUACCCCAUCUACAUAUUCUUGCCUCUUGGAAAUGCAUGCUGCCACUGGACAAGUAGAUUCUGCCAUGAAGCUGUAUAACUCAAUGAUGAAUGCUGGUCUGAGACCAGGUCUAAGUACUUACACCGCCCUUUUGACUCUCCUGGCUAACAAGAAGCUAGUUGAUGUGGCUGCCAAAGUUUUACUUGAAAUGAAGGCCAUGGGAUUUUCUGUUGAUGUGAAUGCUAGUGAUGUUUUGAUGGUGUAUAUCAAGGAUGGUUCUGUUGAUCUUGCUUUGAGGUGGCUACGCUUCAUGGGUUCAUCGGGUAUCAGAACAAAUAAUUUUAUCAUUAGACAGUUGUUUGAGUCAUGUAUGAAGAAUGGGUUGUACGAGUCAGCCAAGCCUCUCCUUGAAACAUAUGUGAAUUCUGCUGCAAAGGUGGAUCUUAUACUAUACACAUCCAUUUUAGCUCAUCUUGUGAGAUGCCAGGAAGAGGAAAAUGAGAAGCAUUUGAUGUCUAUCCUUAGUGCUACAAAACAUAAGGCACACGGUUUCAUGUGUGGGCUCUUCACAGGCCCUGAACAGAGGAAACAACCAGUUUUAACUUUUGUGAGGGAAUUCUUUCAGGGCAUUGAUUAUGAGUUGGAAGAGGGAGCUGCGAGGUUCUAUGUCAAUGUUCUUCUUAACUACCUUGUUCUUAUGGGUCAAAUAAACCGUGCCCGAUGUGUUUGGAAAGUUGCCUACGAGAAUAAGCUUUUCCCUAAGGCAAUUGUCUUUGAUCAGCAUAUUGCUUGGUCUCUUGAUGUUAGAAACUUGUCAGUGGGAGCUGCUCUUAUUGCAGUUGUGCACACUCUCCACAGAUUCAGAAAGCGAAUGCUGUAUUAUGGUGUUGUGCCAAGACGCAUUAAAUUGGUUACAGGACCUACCUUGAAGAUUGUGGUCGCACAGAUGUUGAGCUCAGUAGAAUCUCCUUUUGAGGUUAGUAAGGUGGUUCUAAGGGCCCCUGGAGAUUCGGUCAUGGAGUGGUUUAAGAAGCCAAUUGUUCAACAGUUUCUCCUAAAUGACAUUCCUUCAAGGUCUGAUAUCCUCAUGCAUAAGCUGAACACACUUUUUCCCAGUUCUGCACCCGAAAUUAGAUCUCUGUUACCUCCCAAACCUCUCAUUUCAGGGAGGGCAAUGUAACUAUAUCCGUGAUCACUUACAGGCUCUGUGUUUGUGAAUUGGAACUGUAAGUUAUAUUU